CCAGGAUUGAGGAAUGGAGUCUAGGCCUCCUUCAUUGGUGACAUCACCAUUGCUUCCCCAGGUUUGCAUUAUCUGGGAGCUAGAAACUAGAGCUGGCAUUGGAAAUCACAGACACUCUGAGGUGGCAUCAUAAACAACACUAAGCUAAAUGUCUGCCCUGUCUUUUAAUAUAUUUUUCCUCUGACAUAUUGGAAAUGAUAUGCAUGGUGUUUUCCUGGAAAUUGUUUUCUGUUCAUUCCCAUCGUAGUUUCACUGAUAGUUUCUUGCCUUUUUUUCUCAAUGCUUCUACAUACUUCUCCUUAACAUUGCCCAGUCAAGAGUCAGUAUUGCCCCUCUUCUAGCCUGCUGUGCAAUUCCCCUUGACAGAUGUGGCCUUUGUGAUUUGAACCUCCUGUUUCCCUCCAGCUUGGGCAUGUCUCACAGCCUGUAGAUCAUGGGUUUGACUCUGUUGAAUGCUCCGUGUGGCUUUCUAAACACUCCACAAGUCUAAUGUGAAACCAUAUCCUUCCUUUUUUCCUUCAUAUCCAUACACAACUGUCAGUGUUUAUUUUGUGACAGAGUUAACAUGUUGACUGGAAGUGUAUUAUUAUAGGUGAUGACAGCAUUUGAAGACCUGGCUGUGUACUUUACAUGGGAGGAAUGGCAGAAAAUGAACAAUGCUCAGAAAAUCCUGUACAAAGAUGUGAUGCUGGAGACCUACAGCAGCCUGUUCUCCUUGGGGCACUGCAUUACCAAACCUGACUUGAUCUUCAAGUUGGAGCGAGGAGAAGAGCCAUGGAUGGUGGAUGAAUGCUUGAAUCAGAGCCUUUCUGUGGUCAUGAAAAGGGAUGACCUGAUUAGGAUCAACCAGGAAAGUCAGGACAAAAAUCUGAAUCAGGAUUUUAUGAAAAAUAACAAGACAUCAGCUCUCAAGGGAAUUGAAUUAAGAAAAACACUUAGUUUAAAUUCAAGCCAUGUUCCAACACUGAUUAUUAAAAAGGGAAUCUAUUCAGGAUUGAAGCCUGAGGAAUGCAAUAAAUGUCACACUGUGUAUCCCCCCAGUGGGCCUGAUCAACUACAGGCUGGAGAGAAAUUUGAUAACACUAAGAUACCUGGAAAAUCUCUCCAGUUCUGUGAGCCUCUUAGCCAGCUUGACAAUAUUCACAUCAUGAAGCAGCCAUUUGGACCCACUGGACAAGCAAAAGUCUUCACAAGAAAGAUGUUCUGCAAAUCUGAGAGGGUUCAUAUGGCAGAAAACUGUAAUAAGUCAACUGUCACUUUUGGAAAAGCAACACAAAUAGAAAAAGCUAUCCAUGAAAAUUCUAGCCUCAAUAUGCAUCAACAAACUCACACAAGAAAGAAAUUUUAUAAGUACAUUAUGUAUUUUGAACCUGUCAUUCACCAGUCACAUCUUGCAAUAAACCAGAGACUAAAUACAAGGGAAAAACUUUACACAUGUAAACCUUGUGGAAAAUCACUCAGUUUUAAUUCACCUUCUGAAUGUAAUGACUGUGGAAAAGCCUUUAGACAAAAGUCAGUCCUCAGGAAACAUCAGCAAACUCACACAGGGGAGAAACCUCAUGAAUGUAGUGACUGUGGAAAAGCCUUUACACAAAAGUCAAACCUCAUCAAGCAUCAGCGAAUUCACACAGGAGAGAAACUUUAUAAAUGCCUUGAAUGUGGAAAAGGCUUUCUGUGGAAGUCAGACCUCAUAGUACACCAGAGAAUUCACACAGGGGAGAAACCUCAUAAAUGUAAUGACUGUGGAAAAGCCUUUGCACGAAAGUCAUCCCUCCUCAUACAUCAGCGAAUUCACACACGGGAGAAACCUCAUGAAUGUAAUGUCUGUGGAAAAGCUUUUGGACGAAAGUCAAUCCUCAUCAUACACCAGCAAAUUCACACAGGGGAGAAACCUCAUAAAUGUAAUGACUGUGGAAAAGCCUUUGGACAAAAGUCAGACCUCAUGAAACACCAGCGAAUUCACACAGGGGAGAAACCUCAUAAAUGUAAUGACUGUGGAAAAGCUUUUGGACAAAAGUCUAUCCUCAUCAUACACCAGCGAAUUCACACAGGGGAGAAACCUCAUAAAUGUAAUGACUGUGGAAAAGCCUUUGGACAAAAGACACACCUCCUCAUACAUCGGCGAAAUCACACAGGAGAGAAACUUCAUAAAUGUAAUGACUGUGGAAAAGCCUUUGGAGAAAAGUCAAACCUCAUCAUACACCAGCAAAUUCACACAGGGGAGAAACCUCAUAAAUGUAAUGACUGUGGAAAAGCUUUUGGACGAAAGUCACACCUCAUCAUACACCAGCAAAUUCACACAGGGGAGAAACCUUAUAAAUGUAAUGACUGUGGAAAAGCCUUUGGACACAAGUCAGGCCUCAGGAAACAUCAGCGAAUUCACACAGGAGAGAAACCUCAUAAAUGUAAUGACUGUGGAAAAGCCUUUGGGCAAAAGUCAGAGCUCCUCAUACACCAGCGAAUUCAUACAGGGGAGAAACCUCAUGAAUGUAGUGACUGUGGAAAAGCCUUUACACAAAAGUCAAACCUCAUCAAGCAUCAGCGAAUUCACACAGGGGAGAAACCUCAUAAAUGUAAUGACUGUGGAAAAACCUUUGGACAAAAGUCAAAGCUCCUCAUACACCAGCGAACUCACACAGGGGAGAAACCUCAUGAAUGUAAUGACUGUGGAAAAGCUUUUGGACGAAAGUCAUACCUCAUCAUACACCAGCAAAUUCACACAGGGGAGAAACCUUAUAAAUGUAAUGACUGUGGAAAAGCCUUUGGACACAAGUCAGGCCUCAGGAAACAUCAGCGAAUUCACACAGGAGAGAAACCUCAUAAACCUCAUAAAUGUAAUGACUGUGGAAAAGCCUUUGGACAAAAGUCAAACCUCAUCAUGCAUCAGCGAAUUCACACAGGAGAGAAACCUCAUAAAUGUAAUGACUGUGGAAAAGCCUUUGGACAAAAGACACACCUCAUCGUGCACCAGCGAAUUCAUACAGGGGAGAAACCUUAUAAAUGUAAUGACUGUGGAAAAGCCUUUGGACAAAAGUCAAACCUCAUCAUGCAUCAGCAAAUUCACACAGGGGAGAAACCUUAUAAAUGUAAUGACUGUGGAAAAGCCUUUGGACAAAAGUCAGACCUCCUCAUACACCAGCAAAUUCACACAGGGGAGAAACCUCAUAAAUGUAAUGACUGUAGAACAGCCUUUGGACACAAGUCAUGCCUCAUAUUACAUUAGAGAAUUCACACAGGGCAGAAACUUCAUGAAUGUAAUGACUGUGGAAAAGCCUUUGGACAAAAGAUUAACCUCAUAUCACAGCAGAGAUUUCACACAGGGUAGAAAACUCGAUUGUAAUAACUGUGGAAAGCAUUUAGCCAUAAGUCAACCUUCAUCAUGCAUCAGAGAAUUCACACAGGGCAGAAACCUUAUGAAUGUAAUGACUGGAAAAGCCUUUGGACAAAAGUCAAACCUGAAUGCACCAGAGAAUGCACACAGUAUUGAAUUUCAUGAGUGUAAUGACUGUGGAAAAACUUAAUCUCCAACUCCAAAUGCUUCAGAGGAUUCACACAGGGAAAUAACCUUAUAAAUGUAAUGACUGCAGAAAAGCCUUUUUCUAUAAGUUAUACUCAUAUCAAAACAGUUCACACAGGGCAGAAACCUUAUGAAUCUAGUAAGUGUGGAAAAGCCUUUAUAAAUUAUAUGUUAUUAAUCAUAGCUCAUAUCACACCAGAGAAUUCACACCGGGGAGAAACUUCAUGAAUGCAAUGACUGUGGAAGAGCCCUUGGCAAUAAGUCACAUCUCAGAAUGCAUCAGAAAAUGCACAGGAAGAGAAACCUUUUGGACAUAAUGACUUGGAAAGCUUUUCCCCAUAAUUCAGCCCUCAUUGCACAUCAUCUAAUUCAUAUGGGGGAAAACACUUUGGGUAUAAUGCAUAUGGAAAAGCCUUUAUCCAUAAGUAACACCUCAUAAAACAUCAGAAUUCACAUGGGGGAGAAACCUUAUGAAUGGAAUGAAUGUUGGAAAACUCUGCCAAAAUCACACAAUAUAACAUCAGAGAAUUUAUUACAUGGUGGAAAUCUUGUAAUAAAUGUGGGAAAGCCUUUUGUCAGAAGGAAUACCUCAUAACAUGUAGAUCAAACAGGGGAGAGAACUUAAGAAUAUAGUAAAUAUGAAGGACUUUUUGCAAAAGCAACAUAACCAUGUGACAGAGCCUUUUGCUGGAAAUUACAUCCCAUACAAUAGGCACUCCCAUAAGGAAGAAAGGUUGGGACCAGCGCUGUGGCACAGUAGGUUAAAGCCCUGGCCUGAAAUGCUGGCAUACCAUGUGGGCACUGGUUCUAGUCCCAGUUGCUCCUCUUCUGAUCCAGCUCUCUGCUAUGGCCUGGGAAAGCAGUAGAAGAUGGCCCUGCACCCACAUGGGAGACCCAGAAGAAGCUCCUGACUCCUGGCUUUGGAUCGCUGCAGCUCCAGCCAUUGCAUCCAUCUGGGGAGUGAAGUAGCAGAUGGAAGACCUCUUUCUGCUUCUCUGUCUCUCUAACUCUGUCUUUCAAAUAAAAAAAUUAAAUUGUUAAAAAAAGAAGUUCAGAAAUAUUAUUAGUGUGACAAAAAGCCAUUUGUCAGAAAUGGCAUUAUACAUCAGAAAAUUCACCCAAGGUGUUUCUUAGCAGUGUAAUGAAUGUGGAAGUAUAUUUUCAUAGAAUUCAGGCUUGCAUAAAUAUGCAACUCAAAAAAGGUGAUAUCCUUCAAGUGCAACAGACCUCAAAAAACCAUAGCCAGAAAUUAAACAUCAGGCUGGCACCAUGGAGCAAUAGGUUAAUCCUCCACCUUCUAUGCUGGCAUCCAUAUAGGUGCCAGUUCUAGUCCCAGCUGCCCGUCUUCAAUCCAGCUCUUUACUGUGGCCUGGGAAAGCAGUAGAAGACAGCCCAAGUGCUUGGGCCUCUGCACCCACAUGGAAGACCAGGAAGAAGCACCUGGCUCCUGGUUUCAGAUCAGUGCAGCUCUGGCCACUGUGGCCAUUUGAGGAGUGAAACAACAGAAGGAAGACCUUUAUCUCUGUCCCUCUCACUGUCUGUAACUCUACCUGUCAAAUAAAUAAAAAUAUUAAAAAAAAAACAAGAAAUUAAACAUCAACUAACAUCAGAGAAUUCAUACAGUAAAAUGUCAAUUUAAUGAAUGUGAAAAAAUUUUUCUGCCAUUAAUCAAUUCACAUGAAGAGACUCCAAAAUGAGAAAACAUAUGUGCAUAGAAAAGUCAUGUACCAUGGCCAUGGUGAUUUCACUUUUAUUGUAAGAUCAUCAUCACCCCCAACAUUCUUUAAGUUGCCCUGGAAACUGUGAGGUACACAGUGUCUCAGGGCCAUUUUAGCCAAGAGUAAUAAUUCUUUCUCCUCAAUGUAAUAUAUAUAUAUAUAUGAAUAUAUGUAACAUAUAUAACAUAUAUAUAUUUUAUACAUAGAUAAAUUUGCCACUGUGUGUCUAGAUACUAGUAUAUUUCCUGAAAAUUAUGCGGGAAAAUAGUGGGAUCUUAAUGUGAUUUUUAUCCCAGAAUUAGGUAUGUUUAUUUAAUUUUAGAGGUUGGUAGACUUGGAGACACAGAGAAACAGAGAUUAUGAGCUACAACUUGGUGGCUUACUCUUCAUUCUUGUAAUGAUCAGAAACUGGAUUAUUACAGAAAGCUGAGCU